AUGUCAUUGAGAGAUAAUUUAAUAUUCGUGAAGGAUGAUUUGAGAAAUGAAGAUAAUGAAGAUGAAUUUUAUAAAGAAGAUGAUAUUGAUUAUAUUAAUUAUGUUGAGUAUGUUGAAGAUAGAGGGGAUAAUGCUAAAGAUGUUAAAGAUAAAAAAACUGAUACUGAAGAUUUUGAAGAUAAUGAGGAUAAUUCUGAAAAUACUAAAGAUAAUAAGGAUAAUGCUAAAAUAGUGAAAAUAGAGAAAAUUGGAAUGAAAAUCUAG